GCCGAGUGGAAACACGCGUGUCGCUUCCCCCUGACGCUUCGUGUGGGCCCCUCCUGCUUCCUGCACACUCCUAGGGGGCUACUCUAGUCCUCUAGGGGGUAGGGGCGGAGACCUGCUCCCCCCUUCGUUGUUCGUGUGUGUAUGUGUGUACGCGUGCCAAUGUCUGUUAACACCUGCUGCCCCUAUGGUGUACCUUAAUGUGCCUCUCUGUCUAUCACACUGCCACUUUUAACACCGUCAAAUACUUUUCUUUGUUCGUAUAAUCACACUUUUCAGUGACUUCUGUUAGUUCCCUUUUUUCAGAAUUUCUCGUCCACUCUUCUUUUCCAUUCCCUUCCAUUCCACUCCUGUAACUUUUCUGCCUCGAAGUGAUCUCCAUCUCUUAGUGGCGAUGGUGUUAAAUACCCGGUGGAAAUUUUGCAUCUAGUGUGAACCAAAAUGAAUAGUUUAAUUUUACCUGGAUAAAUGAAACGUCCACGUUGAAUCACAUCUGGUUACCAGCGCUCAUUUCUUUUUUUUUGAUGAAAAUACUAAGUUAUUCCUAAAAGGUGUUUUACCUUUACAAAUGUGCUUUUCCUUUGAUAGAAAAAAAGGCAAAAUCAAUCAUCUUUCCAUUCAAGGUAAAACCAAGAGAGUAUUAUACUGGACUUUGCUGAAAAUAGUUUGAUCUGAAACGAUUCCAUGAAAUGUGUUAGCUGUGAAAGAUGAAAAUACUUUGAGUUUGAAACACAUUGGCUUUUAGUGCUCUUAAUUUUCAAUACAUUAACCAUUUAGUGCAGGAAACUUUCAAAAGUUGAAGAUGAAAUUCGACUGUUUGGUGUCUUUGGUGAAUAUCAGUCAUCUUGGAUAUUGAAGUAGUAAAUCGAUUACGUGGGAAAUGUGCUUCUUCUCUUUUGUUUCAUUAAGCAAUGAUUUCUUGGGCGAAAAUGUAGCAACAAAUACAACUCCUCUUGACGUCUUUCGGCAACUCGAUGAUCGCAGUUUGACUUGCUCUGAGUGAUGGCGACCCAUGACCCUGCUGCUACUGCUGCUAUUGGUGCCCUUACGGAUGAUUUUUCCUCGAAGGUCAUCUCUCAUCCUAGAGUGAAGGGAAGCACCACCGAGUCGCGUUGAAGAAGAGGUGGGGAGGUGGCGGAGGAGGAGGAGGAGGAGGAAGACGACGACGACGACGCUGUCAAAAGCAUCUUCUUGUGUCUAUGCGUUUCUCUUGGCUGACCGAUCCUUCCGUUUUCCCCUGAACCAACCCCUCGCCCUUUCACCCCCUCUCUGGGACGGUCAUGGCGCUCCUUUCGAAACACUGGGAAUCCUUCCGGAGAAGAGAUAAAUAGUGUUACUCUGUGCUCCUGAUUUCCUCGUUCACAGCUGCUGCUCAUUAAUAGAAAUUACUGGUACUGCUACUUCUAUUGCUGCUGUUGCUGUUACUGACACCUCAACCUGUCGUUGCUAGCCCUCCCCCUCCAACCACUCACUGCUCCUGCUUUCGUUGCUCUUGUUGAGGACUCUUCCUCUCUCCAGCCCACAUCCUCACCAUCGUCACCACCGUCUUCAUCGUCGCCCUCGCCGUAGCCAUCACGAUGGAGAAGGAAGGCGAAGAACCUCCUCCAUCACCCUCCAAGGGGAGGAUGCCCUCCGUGAGCUUCGGAACAGCUGCUUUCAUCCUCAUCCGGGUCAAGAGAGCUUUCAAGAAGAAGAGAGCAAAGCUGAAAAGCUUUCCUGACCUCCCCGAAAAAGAAGAAGAAUUGGAGGCUAAUAGCUCGGUGAAAGAAGGGGGCGUGGUCUCCAGACCUCCUUUGGUCAGGAGCCGCACUCUGCCGGCUAUAGUGGUCCCUGGGGUAACCGUCGUCCACACCGCCCUCGACGCCUCCGACAGGAGAGAGUUAGAACAAUCCGGGUUACCACCACCAGCCUUGACCCCAACCUAUCCCUGGGAUGUGGCCAGCACCUCGCACACUCUGACCUCGUGGGAAGCCCAGUUCGGACAUGCAAGUCUCCUUCAGACCGAACUCAUGAUGUCCACUGCUGAUGUGGGUGGGACCAGCCCCCACCAAGUGGUCCCCGCAGACUCGCCCAUUCGACCCCUUCUCACUGUAACGACAUUUGACAAUGGUGGAAGCGGAAGUGAACGAAGCAGCACCAGCAGGCUGUCCUGUGGAGAUGGGGACCUGUUGGGACUAUCUCCUACAAGUGGAUCCCCCGGGGGACUAAAAGUCCCCGGGGCUGUGGCUGCCACUUCUGGAGGCCUCGGCAGGAUCGCCAGAUUGCUGGUGAAGGACACCUCUCGCAGUGCCGAAGACUCCUUCAGGAGGCGGACCCAUUCCUUGGAAAGUAAGAACGGUGCCCCGCCCUUGAGAAGAGCCGCAAGUAUCGACUCCUUGGUCGACAACUCAUCUACCAUAAACAACAACAACAACAUCACCACGGCCAAGCCCGGGAACUUCGGCAUGACGAAGUCGAAUGGUCAUCUCAGGUCUUACCUGCCCGUCUCGCCUGCCCUCAUCAAAAGGCCAAGCUUCAAGUUCGAGAAGACUCAAGCUGCCCCAGACUUAGCCCCUCACCACUUGCCUGUGUGGCCCACGACUCCUUCCAACUUUCUUACUUUUAGAUGUCGCUCUAUCAUCACCCUUGGGGCCAUGUCGACGAUGGAUGAUGUGCUCAUGGAUGGACUGAAUCUCAGCAAAGCUGAUCGCAAGAAGUUGGAGAAAAUCAGCAAGAUCAAUAUCCACCUGCAUGCAUUGUUCGCCGCAGUUGAACAUGGCCAGAUGGAAAAAGCUCGCAGCAUAUUGGACAAUAACCAGUUAGACAUCAACAGUGUGAACAGCGACGGAGUUAACGUUUUGGAAAUCGCCGUGAUGUAUAACCGCGUCUCUUUAGCCAAGAUGUUGCAGCAGGCUGGAGCAACGGAGAGCAACUCAGGAAACUAUGAUCGUCGAUUGCAACAUCUGACCGAUCUGGUGACUGCUGCCGAGCGUCGUCGGGCUGACCUCGACUGUCACAUGUCCGCAGGGGCCCACGCUCGGGAAACUGAGAGACAACUAGAACUGUGGAAUCGACGCGUCUCCCAUCUGAGAAACAUGAAGACUGGCUUGGAGCAAAUGAAACCCCCUGGACCUCCCAGUGCAGCUUCCGUCGAAGUGAUAGACAGUACUCGGGUCAAAGUUACCUUUAGAGAACCCGAGAAACUGCCUCAGGCAAUUACGACGAAAUUCAAAGUUGAAUGGAGUAUGGAUGAGUGGGCCACAGUAGGAGGAAGCCUUGAGAUUCAUGAUAUGCGUCGUGGAUCAGUCUUCAUUGAUAGUUUAACUCAAGGAAAACGGCAUCACUUCAGAGUUCGGGCAGGAAACAUGAAAGAUUAUGGUCCACCUUUAGCAACUACACCUCCAGCUGCUAUACCUUCAAGUUGGAGGGAUCCUGACACUAGGAAACCAAGACUUGAUGGUCAAAUUGGUGAACUGGAUGAUCUUUUCAAUCAGGUCUGCAACUCACGUCCUCAGCAUGCAGCUGAAAUUAAGGCUAUAGAGCCUGGUCUUGAAACUCCUCUUAAUCUCAGGAAAGCUCAAAAAAAGAAAUCCAUAAAAAACUUAUUCUCUCCUGCACCAAAGUUCCACAGAAAUUUGAAAAGAGGUUGCUAUCUUGCGUGCUUAAUAUAUUGUGAAGAUAAGGUGCUAGUAACUACAGAAGAGUUUCCUCCUGUUGUUGAAGUUGAUGACAACUAUAUGAGCCAGGCAAGACCCCAUUUCCACUGGCUUUUAAAGAUUGCCACUACUUGGGAAGAUGUUAAAUCAUUGCGGCAAGACAUGGAGCGGGCUGGAUCUGCUUCCACAGUGCCCUUUAGGAUAAAAUUAUUGCAGGCUGCAGCAAACAUGCAGGCAACUCUUGGGAUCCAAGAUUUAGGUCAGUUCUACCAUGAGCCUAUCAAGGAUAGUAAUGGAACAUUAGUGUUCUGUACUAUUCGACACAUUAAGUCAACUAAAAGUAUAUCAGCAAUGAAUGUGAAAUGGGUCCCUCUAUCUAAACUUAGAGAGAAAAGAAGUUCAACAUCAGGGCAAGGAACCACUCCAACUGAACCUCCAAGCACAUUAGCAGGUGACCUGUUGCUUACUUCCUUACAAGAAUACAUUUUGUAUGACCAAGUGAGCCGUGUUCCAUUGCGACGUGGGCUGUAUUUAGGUUACCUGAAGCUGAAAAGUUCAGUGGAUGUUCUCCAGGUGUUGGUACCUGAAAAAACUCCCAAUGUUUUCCCUCAUGUUAAAAUUAGGGACAAUCCACAUGUUUCAAGGGAGGAAUGGGAAUGGCUGCAGAGCUUGGAAUCUGCCACUGGUGAUCGCUGUGCCAGCGGCAGUGAAGUGGAUGCUGAGGAAAUAGAAAGAGAGAUUGCCUCUCUCCCACAUGCCCCUUCCCCUGCUCAAAUUGUAUGGCAUUCUCAAGUGGGACAAGCAGCUCAUCAGCUACUAAAUCAGCUUGAAGUGGAAGAAAAAGCCAAGCUACAGCACAGGCUGUAUUGCAAGGAGGUUUUGGAAUUAAGCCCAGAUGUAGCUUUUCUUCUUGUUAUGCCUCCUGUUGAUGCUGUAUGUUCUGCACCAGGUCAAGAAGAUGCUCUUUUAACUCAACCCUCACUAACAACUAUGCCUCUCCAAGUAUUUGAAAUGAUACAUAUGGGCACUUACCAAAGAGAAUUAAUUGGAAGGUAUGCACGCCUCUCUUACAUACUGGAAAUGGAUACAUUGAUGGCUCAACAUGCAAGUAGAGAGGCCUUCAGCCAAGAGGAGAUUAGUUAUACACGUGAUCGCCUUUGGCAGCUCCAGAGUUUUCAAGAGCAACUAGAUGUCAUAUGGCGUGGGCUUCGGUGGGUUAUGGAUGCUAUUACAUAUGCUCGUGAUAAAGCAGCAUCGGGUGCCAUACUAGCAACUUUGUUAACUUGUCCGCUACCAUCCGUUACUCUUCAGCAGCCUGUACAACAACAUUCUCCUUCUCACAUACCUGUGACUUCCUCUUCAUCAUCACAUGACACUCAUAGUUCUAGUGAGUCCCUCCAACAUGGUGCAGAUAGUAAAAGGUUAAGGAAGGAUGAUGUAAGUUAUACUGCUAAGAAGUCAGAAAUGCCUAGAAUGUUGAAGUCCAAAACUUCUGAAAACAUUAGAGCUGCUGUUAAGUGUGAACCCAGAUUCCAUAAAUCGAAAACUGCAGAGUGUUUACUAAGUGGCAGUGGCUAUGCUCAGAGUUGUGGUAAAUCAUAUAAUUCCCUAAAUGAAUGUUUGUUAAGUGGUGAAGAACAAAAUGAAAAUGUUCCACUACUGACAUGGACAACAGAAAAAAUGGAUUACAGUGGGGAAAGAAAGAUGUACAGUCGGGACCUUCCUACUUCUAGAAGUGAAAAUCACUUGCAGCGAUGUGUAGAUACCGAGUAUCCCCCUAGAAAGGCCAGUGCACCAGCAUUUUUUGAUACUCACGAGGGGUGCUUGAAGUCCAAGUGUUGUAAUAGUGACCCAAGAAUAAACCAGAGCUCGUCGUCCUUAGAGUCCGUAGAACAAGCGAAUAAAACAAAACACGCAGACGUUGAAUAUGAAGAGACCAUUGCUAGUAGUAAAUCCCCUACAAGUAGUUGUUUUGACCUUCACCAGCGUUAUAGUGGUAGUAAUUUGAAUGUUGAUAUUCAAAGGGCAGGAAGUAGUCUUAGUCAUGACUCUGAAGCUUCUUUUUCUAGUAUGAAUGCAAGUUUAAGGUCAUUGUCAUCCAAUGAAAAUGAAAAUGACACUUUAAGUUUAAUGAGUGGUCGAAGUGAAACAAGUGAAGCGCGGAGCACAGAAGGUGAAGAGUUACUAGAGGGAGCUGUGCGUAGUGAAGAACCUGCAAUUAUUCAAGUUUAUGCAGCAUAUGAGACAGGGUUGGCUUCUGGUACCUCAGUAAAACUCCAGAUAACACCUAGAACAACAGCUAGAGAAGUGAUAGACUUAGUGGUAAAACAGCUGAAUAUGGCUGUUGUUUUAAAAGGCAAAGGUGGUCCAACAUAUGGAAAUGAUAGGUUAAGAGACUUUGUUUUAGUGGCUGUGAUUGGUAUACGAGAAAGGUGUUUGAGAGAUGAUUUCAGGCCACUUCAGUUACAAAAUCCAUGGAUAAGAGGUAAACUGUACGUACGACUCAGACAUGAUGUGCUAGCUGCCCUGGAGCAGAGCAAUUCAAGACACUCUGCCUACUUGUAAAAUUCUGAUUCAUUGUACAUUCCACUACAUAAAACAUUGCCAUUCUAAUCUGUUUAACUUAUUUAUUUAAAUAAAAAGAAAGUGUCUAUUAUCUCUA